AUGGAUGAUUCUACCAAACUGGUUCAAAUGAACCAGGCAGCUUUGAGGCUUACAGAACCUUCCACCUUUGGCUUCAAACCCCAGCCACCGCAGUCAGAGGUAAAGCCGCAGAGUGACGGUCCACCCUUUAGGAGGAACCCCUUCAAGCUGCCCACAAUUGACAUCUUUCAGCUCAGGAAACAGGAGGAGGAGAGAAGGAGGCUGGAGCGUAGUCAGGAGCAGAUAAUGAAGCCACAUGAGAAGUUGACUUAUAAAGGCCGUGUUAGAGCCAAGUGUCUGAGCAUUCAGCAGGAACUGAGGCGGUGGGUGGAGGAUGAGGAGACUACCUGCACAAGCCAGGAGGAUAAAUCACUGCAGAGGGACCCUAAAUUGAGAAAGGUGUUUAGACAUUACCACAGUGAUAAGACAAGCCUCAAUGACUACAUUGCAAACCAAAGAGAGACGUUUCAGCUGAAGUUGUUUCUGGAUGUGAGGCAAGGAACCAUUGACGCGCUGAUGGAGGAAGCUGCCUUGGAGGAAGAGAGGCUGACCCUAGCUGAGAAGCUUCUGGACGAAGAUAUAUGCAAGUUUGAUGAGUUCCUCAAGGAGUGUGACUGGAAUUUGGUGCAGUCCAUAAAAAUUGCUGAGGACGAGGUCAAAGCCAAACUGGAGAAAAAGACAGAGAUCAAGCAAAUCCAUGGCAAAAUAAUGGCAGUUAAAAGUGACAUUUCCAAGAAAGAGGAGAUUCUGAAGGAGUACAAGAUGUACCGUGACUUUCUGCUAAAGCUAUCACCUCCUGAGUGGCAGGAGAAGCAGCGAAUCCGAAAGCAGACUGCUGAGAAGAUCAAGGCAGCUGCCAAAGAAAGUGAACUGGCUCUGCACACCACUACUCAGCAAGCACAGUCUGUCCAACUAGCCAGACGCAGAGACUUUGUGUCCAAUCAGCCACUGACCACCACAAAGGCCCAGGCCCACGGACAGAAUAUAAGCAUCAAGGUCAGCAUCAAACCGAAGUGGAUGGCUAAAGUCGUUGAAGAAGUCAUGGAAAACAUGGAGCACUAUGAGGAUCCUGAGAUAUACUUCACAGACAGCCAGCAGCUGCUGGACCUUCUAGAGGAGUUGAAGUUUCAGAGCGUGAUUCAGAUCCAAAACACAGCUGAGAUGGAUGAGGAUUUGGACGAGUUCUGCAUUAACAUGAACAACAGAUGCAAGCGAAUGGAGCAGGAGAUAGCUCAGUUGGCUCAGCAGGUCGAUAUCUUCACUCAUGCCAUCCAGAGAGAGAAAGAGACAACAGAAGAUCUGAAGCUCAAAUCUAGACUCUUCUCAUUUGGCGAGUACAAAGCGAAGGACCAGGACCUGAUGUUGGAGAAGUUGAGGAAGAAGGUGGCGGAGGUGUACAGGAGUUGUCUGGGCCUGAGUGAUGGGGGUCAGAGCACACUUCAGAUGCUGACAACCAUUGAGUGGCGGCUGAGCGAGCUGCUGGAGCAUGCCGAGACACUGCCAAGAGACAGGCUGAUCUCAGUGGAGAGAGCACAAGCCAAAGAGAGGAGAAUCCGAGAAAGAGAGGAGAGAGCACACCUGCAGAAGCUCGCCCAGGAGGAACGCCAGAGAAGGAUGAUGCAUAGAGCCAUGGCUGACAUUAAAAAGCCGACUGGCAAGAGACUGAUGCCUCGUUCGAAGCUUCUGAAGAAAGUGACCAAAGCAGGCCAGGAUGAUCAGACGGCUGAUGCUGAGCUUGAGAAUAGCCUGUACUUCUUCUCUUAG